CCGGAUUAUUUUUGUAAUUUACUCUUUUGAUAAAUAAUGGUAUUCUAUUCAUGAUCUGAGGCGUGAAUUUAGCCAAAUUGAAAGGGUGGUUUUUGAACGGCAAUUAGCAAAAAAAAUUCCAAGGGGCUUUGCCUUUGAUACCGAUCUUUCCGUCAUGAGUCGUACCAUGUGGCAUGUGUCAUGUGAUUUCCUUGCCUAUGUUUCUCUAUAUAUAGCCAAACCCCAAAUUCAUGUUCUUCAGAUCUCCACCUUCUUCUUCGAUUCUAUCGAGUCUUAAGAUUUCACUCUCACCCAUAAACCAUCAGGAAUUGAAAGGUUAUCAGUUUUGAUUUGGAGUGUGUGUGGUUAAUGGCGACUCGGAAUUUGGAGAAAUUGGCGUCCAUCGAUGCGCAAUUGAGGCUUUUAGUUCCCGGAAAAGUCUCGGAGGAUGAUAAACUUAUCGAGUACGAUGCUUUGCUUCUGGAUAAGUUUCUUGAUAUUCUUCAGGAUUUGCAUGGAGAGGGUCUCAAAGAAACGGUGCAAGAAUGUUAUGAGCUUUCCGCUGAGUAUGAAGGAAAGCAUGACCCUAAGAAGCUAGAAGAGCUUGGAAGUGUAUUAACAAGUUUAGAUCCAGGGGACUCCAUUGUCAUUGCUAAAGCUUUCUCUCACAUGCUUAACUUAGCCAAUCUAGCUGAAGAGGUUCAAAUCGCUUAUCGUAGGAGAAUCAAGCUGAAAAAGGGUGAUUUUGGUGAUGAAGCCAUUGCAACAACUGAAUCCGAUAUUGAAGAAACUUUCAAAAAACUUGUACACAAACUCAAAAAAUCCCCUCAAGAAGUCUUUGAUGCCCUCAAGAACCAAACCGUUGACCUAGUCUUCACUGCUCACCCUACUCAAUCUGUCCGCAGAUCUUUACUUCAAAAACAUGGAAGGAUUCGUGAUUGUCUUGCUCAGUUAUACGCGAAGGACAUAACUCCUGAUGAUAAGCUUGAAUUGGACGAGGCUUUGCAUAGAGAAAUUCAAGCGGCUUUUCGCACUGAUGAGAUUAAACGAACUCCACCAACUCCACAAGAUGAAAUGAGAGCUGGAAUGAGUUACUUCCAUGAAACAAUCUGGAAAGGUGUUCCUAAAUUUUUACGACGUGUCGACACUGCUCUUAAAAACAUUGGAAUUAACGAACGUGUUCCCUAUAAUGCCCCUCUCAUACAGUUUUCUUCCUGGAUGGGUGGCGAUCGUGAUGGUAAUCCAAGGGUAACUCCUGAAGUUACAAGAGAUGUUUGCUUACUUGCAAGAAUGAUGGCUGCAAACAUGUACUUUUCCCAGAUAGAGGAUCUAAUGUUUGAGAUGUCAAUGUGGCGUUGUAGCGAUGAACUCCGUGUUCGAGCUGAACAACUCCAUAGAUCAUCGUCUAAAAGAGACGUCAAACACUAUAUCGAAUUCUGGAAACAAGUUCCUCCCACUGAACCAUAUCGUGUGAUUCUCGGUGACGUGAGAGACAAGUUAUACAACACAAGAGAAAGAUCCCGUCAUUUGUUAGCUCAUGACGUCUCAGACAUUCCAGAAGAAUUGGUUUACACUAAUGUCGAACAAUUUUUGGAACCGCUUGAGUUAUGCUACAGAUCACUAUGUGCAUGUGGUGAUCGUGUAAUUGCUGACGGCAGCCUUCUUGAUUUCUUACGUCAAGUUUCCACUUUCGGACUUUCACUUGUACGACUGGAUAUCCGACAAGAAUCCGACAGACAUACCGACGUUCUAGAAGCAAUCACACAACAUUUGGGAAUCGGGUCUUAUCGUGAUUGGUCCGAAGCAAAGCGACAAGACUGGCUUCUUUCUGAACUUAGUGGCAAACGCCCCUUAUUCGGUAAAGACCUCCCAAAAACCGAAGAAAUUUCAGACGUUUUGGAUACAUUCCACGUCAUCGCAGAACUCCCAUCUGAUUGCUUCGGUGCUUACAUCAUCUCCAUGGCCACGUCACCUUCAGAUGUUUUGGCCGUCGAGUUGCUCCAACGUGAAUGCCACGUCAGACACCCGUUACGUGUGGUCCCGCUUUUCGAAAAACUCGCUGACCUGGACGCCGCCCCUGCGGCGGUCGCCCGGCUUUUUGAAAUCGAGUGGUACCGGAAUCGGAUUGACGGGAAACAAGAAGUCAUGAUCGGAUAUUCCGACUCUGGUAAAGAUGCCGGGCGGCUUUCAGCCGCCUGGCAACUUUACAAAGCCCAAGAGGAGCUUAUAAAUGUUGCGAAAAAGUAUGGUGUCAAGUUGACAAUGUUUCACGGGCGGGGCGGGACGGUCGGGCGGGGCGGUGGCCCGACCCAUCUCGCUAUACUCUCGCAACCGGCCGGAACGAUCCACGGGUCGCUCCGGGUUACGGUUCAGGGUGAGGUUAUCGAGCAGUCGUUUGGUGAAGAACAUUUGUGUUUUCGAACACUUCAGAGAUUCUGCGCGGCGACACUCGAGCACGGGAUGAACCCCCCGGUUUCACCCCGGCCCGAGUGGCGCGCACUGAUGGACGAGAUCGCGGUUCACGCAACCGAGCAGUAUCGCUCGAUUGUAUUUCAGGAACCGCGUUUCGUCGAGUAUUUCCGACUCGCGACACCGGAAUUGGAAUACGGGCGGAUGAACAUCGGGAGCCGUCCGUCGAAGCGAAAGCCGAGCGGCGGAAUAGAAUCGCUCAGAGCGAUUCCGUGGAUCUUCGCGUGGACUCAAACGCGGUUCCAUCUCCCGGUCUGGCUGGGAUUUGGAGCCGCGUUUAAAUACGCAAUUGAAAAAGACAUCAAGAAUCUUCACAUGCUACAAGAAAUGUAUAAAACAUGGCCUUUUUUUAGAGUCACAAUCGAUUUAGUCGAAAUGGUGUUUGCAAAAGGUGACCCCGGAAUUGCAGCUUUGAAUGACAAGCUCCUCGUGUCCGAAGACUUAUGGUCGUUUGGUGAAUCACUAAGAGCAAAUUACGAGGAAACCAAAAAUCUCCUUCUUCGGAUUGCGGGGCAUAAGGAUUUACUUGAGGGGGAUCCGUAUUUGAGACAAAGGCUCCGUUUACGUGAUUCAUAUAUCACGACAUUAAAUGUGUGUCAAGCGUAUACAUUAAAAAGAAUUCGUGACCCUAACUACCACGUGAAAUUGAGGCCACAUAUUUCAAAAGAGUAUGCCGAGCCAACUAAACCGGCUGAUGAGUAUAUAAAGCUGAACCCGAAGAGUGAGUAUGCGCCCGGUUUGGAGGAUACGCUUAUUUUGACCAUGAAGGGAAUUGCAGCUGGAAUGCAAAAUACCGGUUAAUAUUAUAAUAUUAUAAUAAUGUUAUGUGUUUUUUUUUUCUUGUGGAUUAUCGAGUUAUCGUGAUGUUUUGUGAAGGGAAAUUUGGGUUGAACACCCUGGUUGUUGACUUGAGGAUGGUGAGUUGGUAAUGUAUGUAGUGGUGAAGUAAGUGUGUGUGUGCUGCGUGCAUUGUUGAUUGUACCUUGUCUGACAAUCAGAUGACUUAUUGUACUUUUGAAAUAAAACGUUCAACUAAAAUCAAAUGGUAUUUCGCUACUUGUUUUUUGGGCAUUUCUAGAUAGUGGAUGAUGUUAUGUAAACUAUUAAUUUGAAGUUUUGAAAGUGUUAAAGUGAAAUAUUUAUGAAGGGUGUGUGAUGCGUGUAUUGUUGAUUGUGUACCUUGUCUGACGACAUUGUACUUUUGAAAUAAAA